AGGCUAACAAUACCUGGAAAAGCCCCAUCUCCAGAAUUAGCAGCCGCAGAACCCUAGUUUGGCCGAGUACACUUCACCAUGACAUUCAAGCGUCGGAAUGGAGGUCGCAACAAGCAUGGUCGUGGCCAUGUCAAAUUCAUCCGAUGCUCCAACUGCGGCAAAUGCUGCCCAAAAGACAAAUCAAUCAAGAGGUUCCUUGUGAGGAACAUCGUGGAACAAGCUGCUGUCCGCGAUGUUCAGGAGGCUUGCGUCUACGAGCAAUACACACUUCCAAAAUUGUAUCUUAAGAUGCAAUAUUGUGUUUCUUGUGCUAUCCACUCUCAUGUUGUAAGAGUUAGAUCAAGAACUGAUAGGAGGAAGCGUGAGCCUCCACAACGCUUCAUCAGGCGCAGGGAUGAUGCGCAAAGGCCUGGUCAACCUGGUCAAGCACCUCGUCCUACUGGUGUUGGAGCUCCUGCUCGAACAUAAAACCAAAGAAAUUUUAGCCAUUAGGGUCACGUUGGAUCAAAUUUUAUGAUAUACUUGAAUUUCUUUUGUUGCAUUAGAAAAUUUGGUUUUUGUGUGGGGCUGUUAUGUUUCCUUUUGUAAUCUUCUGACAUAGUUCUUGGAGAUACCUUUCUAGUUAUAAUUUGGUGAUUUUGAUGAAAAUAGAACUGAUUCAUGACAAAUUUUAGCGUUUUUAAGUAAAUUAAUUUUAACGGGUAUACACACCCAUUU